AUGGCUCAGAAGUCGAAGGUGGACCCCCAGAUGGGGCGGCUGGGAUACCUGCAGACGCUGGUCACGGAAUUCCAGGAGACGGAGAGCCAAGACGCCAAGGAGCAAGUCCUGGCCAACCUCGCCAACUUCGCCUAUGACCCCAGCAAUUACCAGUAUCUGCGGCAGCUACAGGUCCUGGAUUUGUUCCUCGAUUCACUGACGGAGGAGAAUGAGACCCUGGUGGAGUUUGCUAUAGGUGGUCUCUGCAAUCUGUGUGCAGAUAAAGCCAACAAGGAGCAGGUCAUGCAGGCGGGCGGCAUCCCACUCAUCAUCAGCUGCCUCUCCAGCCCGAGAGAGGAGACGGUGCUGUCUGCGGUCACCACGCUCAUUUACCUGAGCCCGCCCGGCCCGGGCUACCACCCAGAACUGACCGCCCUGCCUGUGGUUCAGUGCAUGCUGCGCUUCUCUCUCUCCGCCAACACACGCCUCCACAACCUGGCCCAGAUCUUCCUGGAAGACGUGUGUGACCCGAGCCAGGUGGCUGAAGCCCGCUGUGGCGGAGCACACUCUGCCCUGGGCAUCCCACUGCCCCGGGACUGA